AUGGAGGUCAACAAUGAAAAUGUGCAGAGCGUUCUCCCUGUUGUGAAGCGUAACAUUACCGUGAGGAAGAUCGUUCCGAGGAAGACUCAGAUGCCUGCAACAACUCCUGUCCCAUCAGUACGCCGUAGUCCUCGAGUUUCAGCUGAGUGCAACAAGGAGAAUGCCACUAGGUUGUCGGGACCCAAGUGGGAGCGAUCGAGAAUAUCCACCUCCACACCUGCUGCCGCCCCUCUGCCGAAACCCGCCAUCCUCUCCCCGAUCCUGGCUUCCGCCGACCCUCCUCCUGAGCAGCCCCAGGACCCCGCGGGCCUGGAGUGGUCUCAGAAAGUGCGCCGCUCCUACAGUCGGCUGAGUGCCGGCGACCACUCUUUCGCGGGCUCUCCGGUCCACACGCCGUCCUCCCCCACGCCCUGCCGGCGGGAGACUCUCUUCGGCUUCGAGCAGCUCCAGACCCCGCCGGUGGCGGCCAGGAGGGCCAGGAAGUCCGGGGUGCGCACGGACACCUCGCUGUCUGUGUGCGGGGGCUCGUUCUCGCUGCAGGAGGGGAACGGCAGCGUGGCCGACUCGCCCGAGUGUGACCCGAACAUCCCGGGCGUGGCGCUGGUGAAGGAGAAGAGGAGGAGGAAGAAGGUGCAGCAGAUAAAGAUGUCAGAGUUUGACUUACUAGCUGCACAAAUGAAUGCAGAAUUUGUCGAGGCAGAGAGCUUUGACUUGGUGGUGGAGUGA